AGGGUGGAGUUCCGGUCGACCGGUCCGCGCAGAGGCUGUGCUGCGAGUUCUCUCCUGCAGCAGGUUUGGGCUCUCCGAUGAGGUUGACAUUACAUGGUGUCAUAAGUGAUCUGAAGGCGCCAACCACUUGAACUUCCGGGAUCAAGUGAGGUUCCUGCACUUGAGUCCUUUGCACUGUUUGCUUCUGUGAGUCGCUGUAACUUUCAGUUUGAUUUUUACUACCCUUGGAUGCACUCCUGAUAUGGAGAAGAUUGAGGAACAAUUUGCUAAUUUGAACAUUGUUAAACGUUCCUCAGAAACUAAAGAGCCUACUUAUCUGCUUGGCAUAGACACAUCAAAGACUGUACAAGCAGAAAAAGGAAGCUUGGUUGCUGUCUUAUGUUCUAAUGGAUCAAUCAGAAUAUAUGAUAAAGAAAGAUUAAAUGUACUACGAGAAUUUAGAGGAUAUCCUGGACUUAAUGGAGUCAAGUUUGCAAAUUCCUGUGACAGCGUGUAUUCCUCAUGCACUGAUGGCACUGUAAAAUGUUGGGAUGCUCGAUUAGCCAGUGAGAAACCUGUCCAGCUGUUCAAGGGUUACCCUUCCAAUAUUUUUAUCAGUUUUGAUAUCAGCUGUAAUGAUCAUGUCAUUUGUGCUGGUACAGAAAAAGUUGAUGAUGAUGCAUUGUUGGUAUUUUGGGAUGCAAGAAUUAAUUCUCAGGAUUUGUCUACUACUAAAGACCCACUUGGUGCAUAUUCAGAGACACAUAGUGAUGAUAUCACUCAAGUAUGUUUCCAUCCCAGCAAUCCCAACAUGGUAGUCUCAGGUUCAACUGACGGCCUGGUAAAUGUAUUUGAUAUUACUGUUGAUAACGAAGAAGAUGCAGUGGUUACAACCUAUAACUCAGUUUCAUCAGUAAGCUAUAUUGGUUGGUCUGGGAAAGAUUAUAAACAGAUUUACUGCAUGACACAUGAUGAAGGAUUUUGUUGGUGGGAUCUUAAUCAUCUGGAUACUGAUGAACCAAUUACAUGUUUGAACAUCCCGGAUGUCAGAGAAGUAAUUAAUGUGAAAGAAGGGAUUUUGGACUAUUUGAUUGGCGGCCUAUAUCAUGAAAAGACGGACAAAUUGUUUGUAGUUGGAGGAACAAACACAGGAAUUAUUCACAUAAUGAGCUGUACUACAUCAGGAUUGGUCCAUGUGACCAGCCUUCAGGGAGGGCAUGCUGCUACAGUCCGGUCUUUCUGUUGGAAUAUGCAGGAUGAUUCUUUGCUAACUGGAGGAGAAGAUGCACAGCUGUUACUUUGGAAACCUGGAGCAGUAGAGAAGAGGCUUACAAAGAAAGACAGCAUGAAAAUAGCAUCCUCUGUGUACCAGCGAGUCCGAGUUCAUAGUAAUGAUUCUUACAAGAGAAGGAAAAAGCAGUGAUGUUACAUUGGGAGUUUACUUGACAGGUUUUAUAGUUGCAAAUAAUUAUUUCUGUGUACUACCUGUUGUAGACGUGUUUAAAGCUCAUAUGUAAAUAAAAGCAAGCCAGUUAGCAAACAGUCCUGAAAAAAUGUUGAGAAUGGUUUAAUUCAGGUCUUUGUGUAUUCUAAAAUUAUUUUUUUUAAGCCGCCAUUUGAGUAUAUAAUCAGUGAGUUGAAAGUAAAAUUACAUUCCUCAUUUUAAAAACCCAUCUGUUGAAUUAGUAAAUGUUGAGUUUGAAGAAAUAGCUUUGAUAAGGGCUUUUUAGAAGUAGAUGGCUGGUGUGACUUUAAAAAACAGGUGGUUUGGGCUGUGUU